GGCAAAGUCCGCGAGCCGCAGCCCAAACCCGAACCCAAGCUCGGGGCUCAGCCUGCCUCCCCGCUCCCGACAUCCGUGCCGGCUCCCCGCCUGCAGCUGGGCCACCUCUGGAGAGCGCGGGAGGUCGCGCCCGGACACCGGGGCGCAGCUGGGUGGGGACGAAGCCGGGGGCCAGGAUGCUGUCCAAGGUGUCCCUGGUGGGGGUAGCUGCGCUCUCCAGGCUGGUGCUACAGCUGCCGUGGACACAGGUGGGCCUCUCCGUGUUCUGUUUCUACCUUGCCUUUGGAGGCUGGAGGUUCAUCAGGAUCAUCUGGAGGACCCUCGGGCGUGAUAUCUUUGCCGGCACCGUCCUGUUGAAGGUAAAGCAGAAAGUGAGGAGAUACCUCCGGGAGCGCCAGACGGUGCCUACGAUCUUUGCUUCCAUCCUGAAGCGCCAUCCAGACAAGACGGCCCUGAUAUUCGAGGGCACAGAUACCCACUGGACUUUCCGCCAGCUGGACGCCUACUCCAGCGCAGUCGGCAACCUGUUGCAAGCACGGGGUCUGGCCUCUGGUGAUGUGGUUGCUCUCUUUAUGGAGAACCGAAAUGAAUUCGUGGGGCUCUGGCUGGGUAUGGCCAAGCUUGGGGUGGAGGCGGCCCUCAUCAACACUAACCUGCGGCGGGAUGCCCUGCGCCACUGCCUGACUACCUCCCAGGCCCGCAUCCUCAUCUUUGGCAGCGAGCUGUCUUCUGCUGUCCGGGAAAUCCACAGCACUCUGGACCCCAACUUCAGUCUCCUCUGCUCAGGAGACUGGGACCCUAGCUCUGUGCCAGCUGGGACUGAGCAUCUGGAACCCCUCCUGGAGGAUUCCCCCAAGAACCUGCCCACUCCACCAGAUAAAGGCUUCACUGACAAGCUUUUCUACAUCUACACCUCCGGCACCACAGGAAUGCCCAAAGCUGCCAUCGUGGUGCACAGCAGGUAUUACCGGAUGGCUGCACUGGUCUAUUAUGGCUUCCGAAUGCGUUCUACUGACAUUGUAUAUGACUGCCUACCCCUCUACCACUCAGCAGGGAACAUUGUGGGGGUUGGACAAUGUCUGCUGCACGGGAUGACCGUGGUGAUCCGAAAGAAAUUCUCUGCCUCUCGAUUCUGGGAUGACUGCAUCAAGUAUAACUGUACGAUUGUCCAGUAUAUUGGAGAGUUGUGUCGCUACCUUCUGAACCAGCCUCCAAGAGAAGCAGAGUCCCAGCACUCAGUGCGCAUGGCCCUAGGCAAUGGGCUUCGGCAAUCUAUCUGGACUGAAUUCAUCAAUCGAUUCCACAUCCCCCAGGUGGCCGAGUUCUAUGGGGCCACUGAAUGCAACUGCAGCGUGGGCAACUUCGAUAGCCAGGUGGGGGCUUGUGGCUUCAAUAGCCGCAUCAUAUCCUUUGUCUAUCCCAUCCGGCUCGUGCGGGUGAACGAGGACACUAUGGAGUUGAUCAGGGAUAAUAAUGGCAUCUGCCUUCCCUGUGGUCCAGGGGAGCCGGGCCAGCUCGUUGGCCGAAUCGUGCAGCAUGACCCAUUGCGGCGCUUCGAUGGGUACAUCAAUCCGGGUGCCAAUGAUAAGAAGAUUGCCUAUAACGUCUUCAAGAAGGGAGACAUGGCCUACCUCAGUGGUGACGUGAUGGUGAUGGAUGAGUUUGGCUACCUGUAUUUCCGGGACCGAACAGGCGACACAUUCCGGUGGAAGGGUGAGAAUGUAUCCACUACAGAAGUGGAAGGGACCCUGAGCCGACUCUUAGGCAUGGUUGAUGUGGCCGUGUAUGGUGUGGAGGUGCCAGGCAUUGAAGGCCGGGCAGGCAUGGCUGCAGUUGCGGACCCCAAAGGUGACUGUGACCUGACGCAGUUUGCCAAAGCACUGGAAAAGGAACUCCCCCUCUAUGCCCGUCCCAUCUUCCUGCGCUUCCUGCCUGAGCUGCAUAAAACAGGUACCUACAAAUUCCAGAAGACAGAAUUACGGAAAGAGGGCUUCAACCCAGCUUUGGUGAAGGACCCCCUUUUCUACCUGGAUACCCGGCUCUGCCGCUACCUGCCCCUGGACUCCAAGGCUUACAGCCGUAUCCAGGCUGGAGAAGAGAAGCUGUGAUUGUCUCCAUCCCUGCUCCCACUCCAGGGGCUGGACUGAGUCAGGGGCUGAGCCCCUGGAGGGUUCUUGGGGAACAGAAAAGGUGUCAGACCAAAGUGGGCAGUGGUAAGGGCCAUUCCCCCUCCUCCAGAGUGCUGACUGGGGUGGAGGGAGGGAAGGCAGUGGAUACCUCUGCUCUGAAGUUGCCAAGUGACUUUACUGCCAUCUUCCUCUACCCCAACUUUCGAGGUUUUCCAUGAAAGCCUUGUGUCCGGGGAGCUGGAAGGCUUAGGGUAGGAUGAGUUCAGUCCUUCAUUGUGCCUCCAUGCCCCAGAGAGCAGAGACUGACUGAGCAUACUCAGGGUGAUGUCUUGGGAGGGGGGGGAGGGGGCAUGAACAGAGAGGGAGAAGGUUAAGAGGGAAGUGAACUAAUUGGGAUUCUUGUUCACACUUCCUGUACCUUGCCAAAAGGUGAGGACCCUGGAUUCAGGAAGCCAACCAGAGGACAGAGGAAGCCCCCACCCCUUUUAUUCAGGCCAAGAAGACUAGGAUGAAGGUUCUAGUUCUCCUUGGGCUAUGGCUGCUAUCUAAGCUACUAUAUGACUUCAGUGGUGUAGAAAAAGGAGGGUGGUAGCUAAUGGGGUCACUCUUCACAGUAAAGAGCCGCACAAACUAAGCCCCUUCCAGCUUCAAGAGCCAGCAGAGCCCUAGCUGAGGCUAGGUGGGGCCAUGGAGACAUCCCCUUCCCCUGCGUACCCACCAGUUGUCUACCUUUUCUCGGCCAAGGCUUCUUCAGUGGGGUCUUCUGUUUGGCCUUGUAGAUCAUUCCAAAGCUUCUCAGGAUCAUUGCAGAGAGAGAGGGAGAGGCUGGCUCCGUUGCAGGAGCUGCCCUUCCGGUCUCCUGCCCCUGCCGCCUCUUCCUUCCCUCAGGAUUAGUUUGUGUCUCUGUCUCCAUCUCUCCCUUACACCCCCCUUGGCCUGGAUCAUACCUCUCGCUGUGGGAGAGCAUGGGGAUGGGGUGUCUAUGGCAAAUAAAUUCAGACUUGACUUCCUCUCCCCCCCUUAAUUCAUGUGACUGUUUGAGAGAGUGAGCGGCUCCUGAAUCAGCCUUAGGCUUUCUUUGCACCUCUCCUCACACCUUUGCUCAGGUCUCCCUCCAGAACAUCUCUCUAGCUCUUCAUUUUCCAAGGUUCAGCUCCACCACCUCCACCUCCACAUCCACCUCCAGGAUGACCUGCCCCUCUCCCUCCCCACACAGAUCACAGUGCAUUCCCUCUUGGUACUGUUAGUCCCUCUCACUUAGUAUUUGGCACAUCCUUCUGGGUAGUGUGGGUGUCUCUGUUCCCACCCGCUCUAGUUAGAUUGGAAUCGGGCCACCCUGUGCUGUGUGCCCACCCUGUGCUGCGUGCCCACCCUGUGCUGUGUGCCCACCCUGUGCUGGGUGCUGGAGGCCCCAUGGCCUUGGCCUUCCAGAUCUUGGUCUCUCCUGCCUGAUAUUGUGGAAAGAGCCCUAAAUUGGAAACCAAGUGACAAAGAUUCUAACCUCAGCACUGUACUUCUUUCUGGGAUUCAGUUUCCCUGUUUGUAAAAUGAGAGAGUUGGAUUAAAGGGCAAGGGCUUCUCAGAAGUGCCUAGGUUGGUUGCACUUAACCCAUGUGGCCAGUAGAGGGCAAGCUCGCCCUGGUUAAUUCCUUCUACCCGGACCCUGCUGUUGU